AGGGGAGGCCCGAAGCCUUUCUGGGGCCUGGGGGAUCCUCUUGCACUGGUGGGUGGAGAGAAGCGCCUACAGCCAACCAGGGUCAGGCUGUGCUCACAGUUUCCUCCGGCGGCAUGUAAAGGCUCCACAAAGGAGCUGGGAGUUCAAAUGAGGCUGCUGCAGACGGCUUGAGGACGGACCGAGCCCUGAGCCCCGACCUGCAGAGCAUGACCCUGAGGCAGCCGCUGGCCCCCACCACAAGAGAGGGCAGGCUGUGAGCAGUCCCGAAGGAACCCCCGGCCAGCCCCCAGCCCAGCCCGGCCGAGCCCUGCUGUGCAGGCAGAGCAGUCAGCGAGGCCAGUGAGGCAGGGCUGCUCGGUGGCCGGGCCGGCCUGCGACCCCGGGACCCCUCCUGGAGGCCAUGGACAGGCUGCCCUGCUGACUGACGGCUGAGGGGAAGCAUGUGAGGACCUGCCCCGGGAGCCCAGCAGGAGGGAAGAGGUUUUCACAGGCUCUGUUCGCAAAGAGGAACCACCAUUUUGCAAGGACCAUGAGGCCGCUGUGUGUGACAUGCUGGUGGCUGGGACUGCUGGCCGCCUUGGGAGCUGCUGCCGGCCAGAAGGAUGGUUUGGAGGGCACCGAGGAGGGCUCGCCAAGCGAGUUCAUUUACCUGAACAGGUACAAGCGGGCCGGCGAGUCCCCGGACAAGUGCACCUACACCUUCAUUGUGCCCCAGCAGCGGGUCACAGGCGCCAUCUGCGUCAACUCCAAGGAGCCUGAGGUGCUCCUGGAGAACCGUGUGCACAGGCAGGAGCUGGAGCUGCUCAAUAGCGAGCUGCUCAAGCAGAAGCGGCAGAUCGAGACGCUGCAGCAGCUGGUGGAGGUAGACGGCGGCAUCGUGAGCGAGGUGAAGCUGCUGCGCAAGGAGAGCCGCAACAUGAACUCCAGGGUCACGCAGCUGUACAUGCAGCUCCUGCACGAGAUCAUCCGCAAGCGCGACAACGCGCUGGAGCUGUCCCAGCUGGAGAACCGCAUCCUGAACCAGACGGCCGACAUGCUGCAGCUGGCCAGCAAGUACAAGGACCUGGAGCACAAGUACCAGCACCUGGCCACGCUGGCCCACAACCAAUCAGAGAUCAUCGCGCAGCUGGAGGAGCACUGCCAGCGUGUGCCCGAGGCCAGGCCCGUGCCCCAGCCGCCCCACGCCGCCCCGCCCCAGGUCUACCAACCGUCCCCCUACAAUCGCAUCACCAAUCAGAUCUCCACCAACGAGAUCCAGAGUGACCAGAACCUGAAGGUGCUGCCGCCCCCUCUGCCCACCAUGCCCACCCUCACCAGCCUCCCGUCCUCCACAGACAAGCCAUCGGGCCCCUGGAGAGACUGCCUGCAGGCUCUGGAGGACGGCCAUGACACCAGCUCCAUCUACCUGGUGAAGCCAGAGAACACCAACCGUCUCAUGCAGGUGUGGUGCGACCAGAGACACGACCCCGGGGGCUGGACCGUCAUCCAGAGGCGCCUGGACGGCUCUGUCAACUUCUUCAGGAACUGGGAGACAUACAAGCAAGGGUUUGGGAACAUUGAUGGCGAAUACUGGCUGGGCCUGGAGAACAUUUACUGGCUGACAAACCAAGGCAACUACAAACUGCUGGUGACCAUGGAGGACUGGUCUGGCCGCAAGGUCUUUGCAGAAUAUGCCAGCUUCCGCCUGGAGCCUGAGAGCGAGUAUUAUAAGCUGCGGCUGGGGCGCUACCAUGGCAACGCUGGUGACUCCUUCACCUGGCACAACGGCAAGCAGUUCACUACCCUGGACAGAGACCAUGAUGUCUACACAGGAAACUGUGCCCAUUAUCAGAAAGGAGGCUGGUGGUAUAACGCCUGCGCCCACUCCAACCUCAACGGGGUCUGGUACCGCGGGGGCCAUUACCGGAGCCGCUACCAGGACGGAGUCUACUGGGCUGAGUUCCGAGGAGGCUCCUACUCGCUCAAGAAAGUGGUGAUGAUGAUCCGGCCCAAUCCCAACACCUUCCACUAAGCAGCGCCCCUCCUGACCUCUCGUGGCCUUCACCAGGAGCUUGCCCCGGCCACGCUGGCCCCAGCACAGAAAGCAACUGCCCGCCAGUUCGCCUUGGGGCUGGGAGGCUGGGACACUGGGUUCUGAUUUCCCACAUCACCGUGGCAGAUAAUGGAACUGAAUGGAUACAGUAUUCUCUCCCUACCACUUUUCUUCAUACCAGACAGCCCCUCAUGUUUCCAGACAGGGCAGGACUGCAGACCAGCCUCAUUUAAAUAAGUUAAGGCCCUACAAUAAAAACGCAACUGCAAAAUACCUUCCUAACAUACACGUGUAUGAGCCGACCUUGUGCACUUAUGUGCACAGCACAUAUAUAUAUGCAUUUAGAUAUAUGCCACAUGUCAUAUAUCUAGAUACAUAUAAAGGUUUGCCUUAUAUACCUGAAUACACACAUAUUCCGUUCUCACAGGUUGAAGCUCUUACCAAUAGCAUUGCUUUUAGGAGACCAGCAUUUCAUUCUGUUGUGUUACUUGAGUCAAAGAGCAGAUCCCAGACUGUAUAGCUCCAAUUCACAGCAUUAUCCUUGGCAUCCAUGUGCCUGGAUUCUUCCAGGAAUGUCUACAAUGCUAUUCUCUCACAUAGGGGUUCUCAACUUCCUUGCUUAAGAACCCCCCUGGGCACCUAAUCAAAUUUCAAAAACCCCUCCAUCUCCAUUUCUACAUUUUUCCCCAUUCUCAGGACUUUCACCAUCCAUCCAUCCAUGCACCCAUCCAUCCAUCCAUCCAUCCACCCACCCAUCCAUCCACCCAUCUAUCCAUCCAUCCACCCAUCCAUGCACCCAUCCAUCCAUCCAUCCAUCCACCCACCCACCCACCUGUCUGUCCAUCUAUCCAUGCAUCCAUGUAUCCACUUAUUCGCUCGUUCAAUAACGCUCAGUAACUGCCUUGUGUGUGUCCAUCCUUAGCCACUUGUACUGCCGGGCACCUUUGCGGCUCUUCUUCACUCUGUGCCUGCUUUCUCCUUGCCUUCGCCGUCACACAUGCUUUCUCUCUAGGCACGAUUCCUUAGCCUCUGAGUGGGAAACAGUCUGGGCGCCAGGUUUCUGGUCAGGAAAGGGCAGGCCAGGCCCAAAAGCUAACGACCGGCCACAUAGAUAAUGUAUUCGCAGUUUUGUAUUUUCCAUUCACACUUUAGCCUACAUGUCAUUUUAACCUUCACAGAAAUAAUAACCUACCUUGCCCAGGAGACAUUCAAUUGAAGAGACAUCAUCAUCUGAUCGUUGGGACCCCCAAAUGGCUACAGACCAAAGGUCCCAAGCUCUCAGGCCAACUAGAGUCCUCAUCUCGUCCCCCAAACUACACUUCCCCGGAGAAUGCAGGUGCCGCAAAAAUGAGAACUUGCUACUUCUUGUGAGUUACUGAAUAACCCGGGGCCACCAGCCCCCAUAGUUGGUGCAUUACAGCACAUGGUUGGUGGCUUUCCAAGUCCUGCUGGCCAUGAGGUGUCAGACUCAGCACUAUCAGGACCACUGCCAAGCAGGGAGCAGGAGCUGAGACAAGGGGAGGCCCUUCCGGUGGGCGUGUGGGUCGGAGGGUGCGAGAUGUUGGAACACUUGGUACUGUCCAUGUCUGGGUGUAUGCCUGUUACCUCAGCAUUCUCACAAAGUGUACCAUGUAGCAUGUUUUGUGUAUAUAAAAGGGAGGGUUUUUUUUAAUAUAUUCCCAAAUUAGCCUUGUAAUGACACAAAUCUGCAAUAAAAGCCAUCAGUGCUAUUUGAAUGUA